GUUGUCCCCCUACAUACAUCACCCUCAACACAAAGCACUCUUCACACUCCCUACUCUCUCUCUCUCUGGUUUCAGACCAACAAUGGCGAAGCCAUAUUUUCUUCUCUCUCUCAUACUCCUCAAUUUCUCUCUCCUCAAAGCUUCAAACCCAGACAUAGAACCAUUAAUGGAGUUCAAAGGAGCUUCAGACCCAUUCAACAAGCUCAACACAUGGAACCAAUCCACAGAUCCUUGCUCUUGGUAUGGCGUCUCGUGUCACCAAAACCGAGUCUCGCGACUCGUUCUCGAAGGCCUAGACCUCCACGGUACAUUCCAACCCUUAACCUCCCUAACCCAGCUCCGAGUUCUCAGUCUCAAGCGAAACAACCUCUCGGGUCCCAUUCCAAAUCUCUCUAACCUCACCGCACUGAAACUUCUCUUCCUCUCCUACAACCAGUUUUCCGGCGAGUUUCCGGACUCCGGCACAUCUCUGUUUCGUCUGUACCGGCUCGAUCUGUCUCACAACAACUUUUCCGGCCAGAUUCCGGCGUCUGUGAACCGUCUGAUUCACCUCCUCACGCUCCGACUCGAAGAGAACCAGUUUUCAGGACACAUUUCCCAGAUUGAUCUCCCGAAUCUCCAGGACUUCAAUGUCUCCGGCAACACACUCUCCGGCGAAAUACCCAAAUCCCUUUCUGGUUUCCCCGAAUCCGCUUUCUCCCUCAACCCGGUCCUGUGCGGUUCUCCCCUACCACCCUGCAAAACCAACAACAACAACAAAAGCUUCUCCAGUGAUCCGACCCGACCCGGACCAUCCGGAGCCAUCGCGUCUCCAUUGGGCCCCGUAGUUUCGUCUUCGCCGAGCUCAAUCCCGGUGAUCACAACGCCGAAUAAAUCGGGAAAUCCACGUCACUCGGGGGUAGGAAAAGUAACCCCGGUGAUGAUAAUCGCGAUCAUAAUCGGCGACGUGUUAGUCCUCGCCGUAGUGUCCGUCCUCCUCUACUGCUACUGCGGCAAAUUCCGAAACGCAAAAGGGUCCCAAAUCCUAGAAGGAGAGAAGAUCGUGUACUCAUCAAGCCCGUACCCUCACACCGCAACCCAACCCGGGUUCGAGAGGGGUCGAAUGGUUUUCUUCGAGGGUGCGAAGAGGUUCGAGCUCGAAGACUUGCUUCGAGCAUCGGCGGAGAUGCUGGGGAAAGGUGGAUUCGGGACGGCGUACAAGGCGGUGCUUGACGACGGCAAUGUGGUGGCGGUGAAGAGGCUGAAGGAGGCGAGUAUUGGUGGGAGGAGAGAGUUUGAGCAGCAGAUGGAGGUUUUGGGGAGGCUGAGACACCAGAAUGUUGUGGGGUUGAAGUCUUAUUACUUUGCUAGGGAUGAGAAGUUGUUGGUUUAUGAUUACAUGCCUAAUGGAAACUUGUUUUGGCUUCUUCAUGGAAAUCGGGGACCAGGGCGAACCCCGCUAGACUGGACAACAAGGCUGAAGAUUGCUGCGGGAGCAGCUCGAGGACUCGCCUUCAUUCACAGCUCGUGCCGGUCCCUUAGACUCACCCAUGGUAACAUAAAGUCCACAAACAUCCUACUCGACAAGGCCGGAAACGCACGUGUCUCCGACUUUGGACUCUCCAUGUUCGCGCCUCCGACAGCCUCCCUCCCGAGAUCCAACGGCUAUCGUGCCCCGGAAGCAUUAGACCCACGAAAGAUCACCCAGAAAUCCGAUGUUUACUCUUUUGGGGUCCUAUUGCUGGAGCUGCUCACAGGGAAGUGCCCCUCUUUGGGGGAUAAUGUGGGGUCCGCGACAGGGUAUGGUGGGGUGGUAGACCUACCGAGGUGGGUCCAGUCCGUGGUGAGAGAGGAAUGGACCGCGGAGGUUUUCGAUUUGGAGCUGAUGAGGUAUAAGGACAUCGAGGAGGAGAUGGUGGGGCUGUUGCAAGUUGCCAUGGUUUGUACAACGGCAGCCCCAGAUCAACGGCCUAAAAUGAGCCACGUUGUCAAGAUGAUAGAUGAGAUUCGGGGAGUCGAGGUGUCGCCGUCGCACGAGGCUUUUGACUCCGCGUCGGACUCGCCGGCUGUGUCCGAAGAUGCUUGUGGAGUGACUCAGUGAUCACAAACACGAACAGCAAAAUGCGGUCGUUUUUUUUAUUUUUAUUUUCUUGAACUAGUUGCAAGAGUGCUGUAAAUCUUUUUUAUUGUUAUUUUUAUUUUUUAUUAUUAGCUGUUUUUAAUUUAAUUUUGUUUGAAUUAGAAUUGGUUAUGCGUUAAUUUGGUGUGGAUUAACGGGAUUUGGAGAAGAUUUUAUGAUAAAAAGAGCUUCUUUCUUCCUCCA